AUGGCUCACUUUGAAAUUCUGUCUGUGUUUCUCUGUGUCAUGGGUUUGCUCUCAGAGACUCCGAGUUCUUUAACUUUGGAGGCAGAAGCUGGAGAUAACGUCACUAUUUGGUGCCAACAUGAUCGGACUGAUCCAGGUUCCAUCUUCUGGUUUAAACAGACGAGUGAUUCAGUUCCACUUCUUCUUGGGUGUAAAAAGUUUUUGACAUCAGCUCCAUCACAAAAGUGUUACUUCUUUAGUGAGAGUGAGAGAAUAGUGAUGUCUGUUCAUGGCAGUAAAACGUCUCUCACAAUCACUGCAGUAAACGUCUCUGAUACAGGACUCUAUUACUGCAGCUUCACUGAGAGAAUGAUCUUCAGCAACUCCACCUAUUUACACGUGAAAGAUUGUGGAUGUUCUGCUGUGUUCUUCAUGCUGAUUGUGGUGUUUGGUGCAGUGAUUGUGUUUCUUCUCACUGUCCUGAUCUUCAUUAUACUGAAACACAGAAAAACACACAGUGCUGAAGCAAAUAACGGGGUAAAAGAAAACAAUGAGGUUUCUGACCCGGACUCACUGCAUUACGCUGCACUCCAGUUCUCUAAGAAAAAAAACAAGAGGAACAAGAGACGUGAUGUAAAGGUGGAUCAACAUGUAAUCUACUCUUCUGUCAGACAUAAAGAAUAA